AUGGCUGAUCCACAGUUUGAUUCUUUUAGACCAACAUUCGGCAGUAAUCAGCAGUUUAUUGAUAUACAACGAAAUGUAUAUAAGUUGACUCACGACUUGAGCCUUGACGAGAUUAGCAGCUACAUAGAAGUCGACGAUGAUCCGAAUGCCUACGAGAAGGAGAUGCGGCCCGUCGCGCGCGUGGAGGACUACAUCGGAGUCAAAGACCUCAACGUGCUGGAAGAGAAGACGAGGGAGAUGCUGACGGAGAACGAGACGAGGAGCGAAACGGCGAAUCACGCGGCGGACAAUUACAGCUACGAGAACGACAAUCGCUUCGUAGAGCGAAAGAAUAAGAAGAACAACGGUCUGCAGCACUGUGCGCCAAUGUGUUGGCCACCCAAGAUCAAAGAUGCUGCCAUGCCUAAAGUGCGCUCUUCAAGUUCGCUGUCAACAUCAUCAGACGAAGGACUGGAGGCGUCGCCUAAGAUGACCAAAGAGAGAAGGUCGACACGUCGCGACGUGAUGGCCAAUCAGUUCUCGCUUGCCGACGAGCUACAGAUGGCUGGUUGUGCCACCUGGUCCCCGAAAGGAAAGACACUGAAGUUGAGGCUGCAGAACUCGGAUCUGCACCAGUCGUACCUUCACGCGGACAACAAGCUGCUGUGUGAAGACUCCAGUCCUGACGAGAAGCCGCAGUGGAUGCACCGGCGCCGCUCCAGACACACGUCCCAGUCUUCCUCCUCACCUUCCCCCCGGCACGACUCGUCGGAAUACAGUGGCGAUGUAUCGACGUGCAGCAUUGCGAGUGUAUCGCUGUCGGGCCUCAAAGCGACGCACAGAGGUCUCUAUCGCUUCGUUCCCCGGCACAGCGACGAGGUGGAAAUAGAGAUCGGUGAUCUGAUACUUGUGGAGAAGGAGGACGAUGACCUCUGGUGCACAGGUGUGAAUUUUAGGACCGAGAAAAAGGGGAUAUUUCCAUUUGCUUACGCAGUUGAUUUGGAGUACAGUCUAGAUCCAGAUGCGAACACGCCUGCCCCCGCAAAGACGGACACGGAAAACUUCCCGUUGAAGUUCCUCGGCUCGGUCGGCGUCUCCUGUCACAAGGGCAACCAGGUGCUCUGUCAGGCGAUCACCAAGAUUGCGCAGACACGCAAGAACCUGCCGGGCGCGCCGCCGGCGCCAUAUUGUAUCCUGGAAGUGAGUCAGCAUGGCCUGCGAAUGGUUGACAAGAUGGGGCAGGACUCGCGGCUAGAUGGCAGCACCGCUGCCGAGCGGCUCAAGUUCAAGCUGGAGCGGAUGUUCGGCAAGCAGCGGGGUGGCCAGCAACUGAUGUGUGAGGAACCUCACCAUGACCACUUUUUCAGUCUGAAAAACAUCUCCUUCUGUGGAUAUCACCCAAAAAAUCACAGGUAUUUUGGCUUUAUCACGAAGCAUCCGACGGAGUCGCGCUUCGCCUGCCACGUCUACCUGGGAGAUGGCACGACGAAGCCCGUCGCCGAGGCGAUCGGCCGAGCGUUCCAGCGCUUCUACCAGGAGUACCGCGUCUACAUGGCUCAGUCGCAUCCCACCGUCGACAUCUACAUGGACUGA